AUACAUGUUCUCUACCCCUAAAAAAACACCUCUGCUCCUUCCAGCUCCUCUGAUCCAUCUCCGCUGUUCGUCUCUCUCUUUUUACUUCUCUUUCAACAGUACCAAUACCAAGCGAAGAGCAAAAUCGCGAAGCCUGCCGGACACCAAAUUAUGACCUUCAUGAUUGUUAUCGACCUUUCAACAGAAAUCGAGUUUCAGUUUCCGCAGCACGGAUAAACUCUCACCUCGGGGCCACGGCCAUGCUGAACCGCACUCACUUCUGUGGAGUCAUGUUGUUUGUGAGAUCCAAGGGCCUAAGAGUUGCGCGCGUUAACUGGCGGGCUGAUAAAGAUUUCAUCUGAAUGCAUAUGCUUUCCAAUUGGAGUGGUGGCAAGACGUUCGUCUACCCAGUGAUCAACGGCCCAUGCCACUACAAGGCAUGGUACCGUGCGGGUAGUACCGUACUAUUUUGCUUAUUAUCCUACAUCUCAAUUGUCUCAUAUGAAUGGAACAACUAUACGUAUACAGCAUGAUAUCAUCGCGCAGCGAUA